AUGACGAACGUGUUCGUCGGAGGAUUGGCUUGGGAGACUCCCAAGGAGGCCCUCAGAGACCACUUCGAUGUCUACGGCGAGUUCUUGGACGCCGUCAUCAUCUCCGACAAGAUCACCGGCCGCUCCAAGGGCUACGACUUCGUGACGUUAAAGGAAGCCGAGGCGGCUAAGAAGGCUUGCGAGGAGGCCACGCCGAUCAUCAACGGCCGCCGAUCCAACUGCAAUACUGGCGUCGCUCGGAGCCCGACGCCCCCGGUCCGCCUUGUCCUACAUGUUGAAGAGAAACUAGUGGAACCAAAUCCAUUAGUUCUUUGCUUCUCCAUUGAUACUGUAUGUGGUGGAAAAUAA